UUUUCAGUGGUUUGAUUCUCUUUGAAGUUUAUGUUGUUUUGCUUGGUUCUAUUUUUUUUUAAUGUGAUGUAGUUCUUGAUUCUAUGGAAUCUGUGGGGUAUGUAAAAUGUCUGUGUCUUUCUGACAGUGGGAACCUCUCUCUCUCUCUCUCCCCCUCCCUCCCUCCUGUAUCUUGUUUUGGUCGACAAGAACAAAACAAGUUUGAGUCUUUAAUCAAUUUGUGGUUCCUGUUUUUCGUUUUGUUUUCUAAAUAUUGAGGUUUAAUGGAAAGGAAAAUUACUGAAAACAACAUCUUAUUAAUAGCCCUUUGAUUUGUUUGACGUUUUUUUCAAGCCACUCGCUUGAUUCUUAAUUCUUACAUGUUUCAUUAAAGUUCUUUUAUGAUUUUUUAACUAGUUAGGUCUAGGAUAUUCGGUUUAGUCUUCAAAUGGGUGACAUUUUGGAAAGAAAGGGAAAAUUGAGAAGCUGGGUUUGGAAGUUUAACACCAGUAGUGUUAGGAGUCAAUCAAUUGGUGAAAAUGAGAGUUUUUAUAUUUUUAUUGCGCCUCAGCCUUGUGAUCAGGGCUUAUUUGGGCUGUGAAAGCUCUAGUCUAAAAGAUGACAACAGUGAACGCUCCCUUCCAAAGCGUGGUCAAAACUGCACUCCAAAAUCGGUUUACCAGCGCCAUUGUCAAGAGCCCAUCCUCACUGGGAUCAGUAAGGAGUGUCGCUAAGUCAUUUGGCUUUAAAUGCUCCCCCAAUUACAAAGCAUCAAUGGCAGUGUACAAGGUUAAGUUGAUUACACCAGAAGGCACAGAGCAUGAAUUUGAAGCUCCAGAUGACGUGUACAUCCUAGAUGCUGCUGAGAAUGCAGGAAUUGACCUGCCUUAUUCUUGCAGGGCUGGGGCUUGCUCUACCUGUGCUGGGAAGGUGGCAUCAGGUUCUGUCGACCAGUCUGAUGGUUCGUUCCUCGAUGAGAAUCAAAUGGGGGAGGGCUAUCUUCUGACAUGCAUUUCCUAUCCAACUUCUGACUGUGUGAUUCACACUCACAAGGAAGGUGAUCUUUACUGAGGGCUUUUGCAGUCAGAAAUCGGAAUUGACUUGGAAUGUAGUUCUGUGAUUGUUAUGGAUCAUUGAAAUGAUGGUGAAGGCUGUCAUAGACCUUUAUUUCUGUAGGGAUUUCGUCUUUGUUGUGUAAUUCCAACAUGGUUUCUUCUACACGGUACUGUAGUAAAUAAAUAGAUGUUGCAAUUGAUUUCUGAA